GGAUAUACUAGGGCACCAGGUAGAAAUCCCAGUACCACUCCGAGACCUCAGGAUUAACAGGCGCGUGCCAAGGCUCCUCCCCCUUCAUCUACUUAUUUCUAGCUGGAAGCUCAUUUUCCCUCAAGUUUCUGAGAAUAUCAUAAAUCGCAAUUCCUCCCUGCUUGGAGGAGAGAUGAUAAAAGAACUUUUACAGUUUGGGUGCCAGGUAUGAAGCUGAGGCAAGAGGGAUCACAAGUUCAAGUCCACCUUGAGAUAGGUAGUUUGAGUCCGGGGGGAAAAAAGAGAGACAAAACUAUGGAAAAACAGAGAAGAAAAGGGGGCACUUGAUUUUGUUCUUCACACUGCUACCCUAAUCAAGGGGAGCAGUUGGUUUGGGGGGUGCUGAUGUUGGAAUGAGUGAGCGCCCAAGAACCUGAGAAGACACUCAGGGUGCAGUCCCUCAGGGGUCCGACCAUCAGAAUGUUAUUUCUCAGGGAAGGCAAUACUGCAAGAUUAUUCCUCAGCAAGCGCUGAGGGAACCUUCCUUCAGGGAGGAUCAUCCCUCUGGGUGACCAGUCCAGCAGAGGGGAGCCUCAGGGCCCUUCAGGAGACAGGAAGGAUGCACCAACCCUCAUAAACAGUCACGUUCCCCAGGGCACUGUGCCCCAGUACAUGGGACAAGGCCAGUACUGCAGGGAGGAUUGUUCCGCAGGAAGGACUGUCAGGGCGCCAUCCUUCAUGACGCUGUCCCUCCCCCACCCCACCUCACCCCUCGGGUAUCUUCCCACAAAGUGCAGGAAGGACUGACCCUCGGAGUGCAGUACUUGCGGAAGGACCAUCCCGCCCACAGGGAGGACCGUUCCUCUGUCCCUCUGUCCCUCAAUCCCCCAGGGUGCUGAGCCCCUUCACCUUCUGUCAGAGCGCGGAGAGAUGAGUCCCUCAGGGCGAAGUCCCAGGGGGAGGACCGUCCAGCAGAGAUGGCUGCCAGGGCGCCAUCCCUCGGGACGCCGUUGCACAGAGCGCGGGGAGAACCGUCCCUCGGAGUCCCAUCCCCUCCAGGCUCCUCUUCACCGUCUGUUGCAGUCACCACCUAGCGAUAUCUGCAAUGGCUUCCUCCAGAGCAGCCAGCCGCGGAGCGACUCCCCGUUGCUAGGGCGACCGCGGCUUCCACCCGGCGUCAUGACGUCAUCACGCCCUCCCCCGGCGCCGGGGCUGGCGAGGCCGCGUCACCCGGCGGCCAGCAGUGAGAAGAGCGGGGCGGAGCUAGCUCCGAGGCUCGCCCGAGGAGACUCGGCGGCCUGGGCUCCGGGGCCCGGGAACCGGGAUAAGCAGGCCGGCCGCCGCGGCGGAGGGGGGCGGGCUGGAGCGUGGCCCCGCGCUGGUCAUCCGGGUUCCGGGGCCCGGCGGAGGCCGUGCCGGGAGCGAGAGGGAAGUGCGGCCGCCCUGGAACCUGGAUAUCGCGCGAGGCAAGCCGCGCGCGGGCGGGCGGGCUAUGGCGCAGGCGGGUUGCGGGGCCGGCGCUGGUGGCAGGGCCCGGUGCAUGGCGGUCUGUCGGCGGAGUCGCCCUCGGGGGCUGUCAGAUUGGUGACCCAGAAGGAAAUCUCUGACCUCAGUGGUGACCAGAAGCCAACUUCAUGUCUGAAGGCACAAGCUGCAGUUUGUCAUGGAAAGCUUGGGGCUGCAAACGGUGACCCUCAGUGAUGGGACAACAGCCUACGUCCAGCAGGCCAUCAAAGGGGAGAAGCUGCUUGAAGGGCAAGUGAUCCAGCUGGAGGACGGGACCACUGCAUACAUCCACCAGGUGACGAUACAGAAAGAGUCUUUCUCCUUCGAAGAUGGUCAGCCUGUGCAGCUGGAGGACGGGAGCAUGGCCUACAUACACCACACACCCAAAGAGGGCUAUGACCCCAGCGCCCUGGAGGCUGUCCAGCUGGAAGAUGGCUCCACCGCCUACAUCCAUCACCCUGUGUCUGUGCCGCCGGACAGCACCAUCCUGGCUGUGCAGACAGAGGUGGGAUUGGAGGACCUGGCAGCGGAGGAGGAGGAGGGCUUUGGCGCAGACACGGUGGUAGCCCUGGAGCAAUAUGCGAGCAAGGUUCUGCACGAUAGCCCGGCUUCCCACAAUGGCAAAGGGCAGCAAGUUGGAGACCGAGCUUUCCGCUGUGGCUACAAGGGCUGUGGCCGCCUCUACACCACUGCCCAUCACUUAAAGGUCCACGAACGCGCUCACACAGGUGACCGUCCAUACAGAUGUGACUUCCCCAGCUGUGGAAAGGCCUUCGCAACAGGCUAUGGGCUAAAAAGUCACGUUCGUACUCACACGGGUGAGAAACCAUACAAGUGCCCAGAGGAGCUGUGCAGCAAAGCCUUCAAGACCUCAGGGGACCUGCAGAAACACGUCCGGACCCACACAGGUGAACGCCCGUUCCGGUGCCCCUUUGAGGGCUGUGGCCGCUCCUUCACCACAUCGAACAUUCGCAAGGUACAUGUGCGCACGCACACAGGCGAGCGGCCCUACACCUGCCCCGAGCCCCACUGUGGCCGUGGCUUCACCAGCGCCACCAACUACAAGAAUCACGUGCGCAUCCAUACAGGGGAGAAGCCAUACGUUUGCACGGUGCCUGGCUGCGGAAAGCGCUUCACGGAGUACUCGAGCCUGUACAAGCACCACGUGGUGCACACGCACUGCAAGCCCUACACCUGCAGUAGCUGCGGCAAGACCUACCGGCAGACCUCCACCCUGGCCAUGCACAAGCGCAGCGCGCACGGCGAGCUGGAGGCCACGGAGGAGAGCGAGCAGGCCCUGUAUGAGCAGCAGCAGCUAGAGGCUGCCUGCGCCGCCGAGGAAAGCCCCUCACCCAAACCAACCCACAUUGCUUACCUUUCGGAAGUGAAAGAAGAGAGCAGUGACAUCCCAACCCAAGUAGCCAUGGUGACGGAGGAGGAUGGGGCCCCCCAGGUGGCUCUCAUCACUCAGGAUGGUACCCAGCAGGUCAGCCUGUCCCCAGAAGACCUGCAGGCCCUGGGGAGUGCCAUCAGUGUGGUGACACAGCACAGAAGCACCACCCUUACCAUCCCCGGUCAUCAGGAAGAACUGGCCACGUCUGGCACACAUACGGUCACCAUGGUCAGCGCCGAUGGCACACAGACUCAGCCCGUCACAAUCAUUACCUCUGGGGCCUUGGUGACCGAGGACUCGAGUGUGGCAUCUCUUCACCACCAACAGGUGGCACUGUUGGCCACAGCAAACGGAACACACAUCGCUGUGCAGCUGGAGGAUCAGCAGACCCUGGAGGAGGUCAUAAGCGUAGCCACUUCUGCCAUGCAGCAAGGGGCCGUGACCCUGGAAACCACGGAGAGCGGCUGCUGAGCCCAAGAGGACCGGCUCCCACACCACACUGGAGAGGGCACCAUGCUCAUAGGCAGCCCUGCCAACGGGGCCCCAGCUGUGGCUGACCCCAGGAAGAUGGCCGCGUAGGCCUCUGGGGCGAUGAGGCAACAGGGAAAUGGCCUCUAGUGGAAAGGGCUGUGGGCUACACCCAAGGUGAGGGCCGGGCAGCAGGCAGUGGACGUUGAGCUUGGUUACCAGGCUGCCUCAGACACCUGCUUCCCUCCCUGGGGAGAAUGCUCUCCCCACAUCUGUCCACUCCCUUUCUCAGGGAGCAGGUGACUAGGUGGACAAGGACUGGCCUCCACCCUGACUGGUGAUACCACCAGGGGAAAGGUUGGCAGCUUCUCAGCCCAGUGCCUCCCAGCAAUAACCAUCUCCUGGGAGCAAGGUGGCCAAGAUGCCACCCACCAGGGACUCCCCACCACCACAGUCAGAAUUAACUCCUCAGGGGCCUGUGGCUGGCGUAAGGUGCCUCUUCACUUGUCUGUGGCAGAAAGACAAGAGAGUGGCCCACACCUGGACGGCUGGGGACUGGGUUUAAUUUGUUUUGUGGUUUGGUUUUUUUAAUCCUAUUUUGAUAAUUAUUUUUUUUCCUGCUCUGGGUGGCGGUGGCAAACGGGUGAAUUGAGUAUUUAAUAAAACUUGCAAGUUUCCA